AUGGCCAGUGAUGUUGCUUAUCAUCGCGUUCAACCUCAAAACGAGUUGAAGGGGAGCUUGCUGUUCAAAUAUAGAUUAGCGAAAGCGUUGACCAUGGUGAGUCUAUUUGCCAUCAUCAUCAUGGCACUUUGCUCGAUAUUUUAUCCCAACUUUACCUACACCAGCAACACCAGCAGCAAUCAAGACACAAAUCAACACCAAAAUGCUGAUAACCAACAGCAACAACAGGAACAAUCCCAAACUCAGCGUUGCCAUUUACCAGCCAUCAUUAAAAUGCCCACCAGCCCUGAUGGCACUUAUACACCUCCUACGCCCCAUCACUCUUUGGUGGAGGCUGUGGGGUUUGCUUCCAACCAAGAAUACCAGGAAUACUGUAAACUGUAUGAUACUGAAGUGGGCGCAUUCUCGGACGAAUGGCCAUACAACCAAAACGGUGAAUGUGGAAACUGGCAAGAGAAAUACACACAACUGCACAAGACAGAUAUGGCUUAUUUAGAGCAAUACAAGAACGGCAUUUUCCCCAAGGACAUAGAUAUCGAGAACAGACCUAAAUUUGUGUCUUAUCUUUGCAAGGAAGUGCCCAAAGAUAGUAAUCGUGGAUGUGGUGGUUUAGCAGAUAGAAUGGGUGGCAUGAUCUCUACCUUUUUUUAUGCUUUAUUGACAGACAGGGCUUAUUUGUUGAAUUGGGCUCCCAUGAAUCCAUUGCCAUUGGAGGCUAUCUGGGAACGUCCACAUGUGGAUUGGUCGCACGAUCCAGAAGAGAUGGAAGCCUUGUUCACGGAUGACACUAAUCCUUUAUUGGGUUAUCAAAAAGUAGACACUCUCAACAAAAAACUCAAGGAUCUCACAAAGAUCAUCUUCCCUGAUGGUGGCAAUACUGACUUGAAGGAAUUGUGGAACGGCACAUAUGUCGAAGUCAGAUCAAACCGUGGCUACAUUGUUCGCACAUUCAACGUUCAUCAAGGAUACAAGAAGCUCCUGAACCACAUGGGCCUUACCAAGGACAACGCCUUUAGAUGUAUCACCAACUUUUUGUUCAAGCCCACGAUUGGUUCCAGGCGUUUCUUGAACGCAUACAAAAAGCUGUUCGAGAUGGAGAGCGUGCUGAGUAUCGGUAUUCAAGUGCGUACAGACGACAAUGCACUUGCCAACCCACAGUACGAUGUCAAUGGAUUAGAAAAGUGGGGCCAUUUCUUGAAAUGCGCUGGUGAACUGGCCAGUUUUAAAAAGAAGGACCAUCACAAGCACAUUGUCUUCUUUUUGGUCACUGAUUCUGCUCAUUUGCGCGAUGAGUUUGUUGCGCUCAACAGUAACCGUGAAGCGGCCAAAAAGUACAUUGGUGAGGACAUUGUGGAUAUCUCUAGCAUGGUCAUUACGGGUUUGCCUAUCGAACACAUUGAGCCAGAUCAGAUUGCCAAAUACAUUGAUGUCGAGGUCCACAAGGAGGUCAACUUGCAGAGAAUGACACCUGGUGUCAAUAGCGCUUACAUGGAGAAUUGGUUGCUUGGCGAGACCCAAUACCGUGUGAUCAGUAUUCAAGGUUACGGUAAAAUGGCUUCCUUCUAUUCAGGUGAUGAUAAAACUUCCAUCUCGAUGCCCAAGCCCAGCACAAAGUAUCCCUUCCCUGUGUGUAAUAGCGAUGAAUCGUUUACUACCUUUGACUGGCUUAGUACUACUUGGAGUUUGGGAUAA